GCUAAUCAUAUUCUGUAUAGCAUUAUGAUUAUUACCCCGAGAUAAAGAGAAAAGGCUCCACGUGUGACGUAGCCUACCGGUACAACCUCUCCGAACUGAGAUGUUAGUAUUUUAUCGUACAAGUAACUCAGUGGAUCGCGGAAUUUCAAACAUCCGCGAUUCGCCAUUAAGUGCGGUGUAGCAGGCGUACGACAUCGACAUGUUGGCCAACAGCCAUUCAGUUAUUACGCUAGUUUGUUUCACAUUUUAGGUUUGUAAUUGUGUGAUUCACUUUUUGUGAUCUUUUUUUGCCGCGUCAAACACAAAAUGCGAAAGACUUGAACGCCGCGACGUUUAAAAAAAUUAGUGCGCCCAAAAACUGCGAGUCCCAUAUCGCCAAGGAGCCAUCAUGUUCCGCAGUUAAGAUUUAGACGGACGAUAUGAGUGACACGAAUGACUCGCUGCAAGAGAGCGCACUCGAAGAGGUUAAGAGUGAACAGGUGCCCGAAGUUUGCGAGGACGAGCAAUGGGAGAAGCUUUUGGGAAAUGGGAAGGCGCCAAGCGUCGUACGGUCGCAGCAGUUACCCGUGCCUAGGGUCGAUGCACGGAGAAGAUCCAGUGCGAGUAUUUUGGGGUCGCUGCAUAAGAGUUUGAGGAUUUCUAUAGGAGCAAAGGCGGACGCGAAUGGGCACGUUUUCAGUAGAUAUCGUCAAUCGAGAUUUAAUGCGAGACGAAUUCGUAAACGCGUCGUUUUCAAGCAUGGCGAUUGUAAUGUUGUCCAGGGAAACGUCGCGAAACGGCGACGGAGGUAUCUGCAGGAUAUCUUCACGACGCUUGUGGACGCGCAGUGGAGAUGGACGUUGUUGGUGUUUUCCAUGAACUUCGUACUGUCCUGGUUGGGAUUUGCGAUAGUGUGGUGGCUGAUUGGCUACUCGCACGGCGAUCUUCUCGCCCAAAACAUAAAUAACCAGACGUGGAUCCCUUGCGUGACCAAUAUCAACGGGUUCACGUCGUCGUUCCUCUUCAGCGUGGAAACGCAGCACACGAUUGGUUUCGGAGGAAGAACGACGACCGAGGAGUGUCCCGAAGCGAUAUUCGUAAUGUGCCUUCAGAGUAUUACCGGAGUUAUGAUACAAGCAUUUAUGGUCGGUGUCGUUUUCGCCAAACUUUCAAGACCAAAGAAACGUACGCAGACUUUAUUGUUUUCACGUAACGCCGUUAUUUCGCACAGGGACGGCGUGCCGUGUUUAAUGUUUAGGGUAGGCGAUAUGCGGAAGAGUCACAUCAUCGAGGCGCACGUUAGGUCGCAGUUAAUUAAGCACAAAGUUACCAAAGAAGGCGAAAAUUUGCCGUUUUAUCAGUCUGAAUUAAAGAUUGGCUGUGAUGGAGAAGAAGAUAAAAUAUUCUUCAUUUGGCCAACGACGAUCGUUCAUAAAAUCGAUGAAACAUCUCCAUUGUAUAAUAUGUCUGCGACUGAUUUGCUUCGGGAACGCUUCGAAAUAGUAGUAAUAUUAGAGGGCGUCAUCGAAUCGACAGGCAUGACAACCCAGGCCCGCUCCAGUUACCUGCCAUCCGAAAUACUAUGGGGCCAUCGUUUUCAGCCGUUAGUAUCUUUUAAAAAAGAAACCGGAGAAUACGAGGUCGAUUACGCCCUAUUCAAUAACACAGUCGAAGUGGAUACGCCGCUCUGCAGUGCCAAACAGCUCGAUCAGCAUCGCACAAUGUUCAACCACGACCUAGAUCAUUUAACAACGCAAUUUCCAACAGCACGCUCAUGCUCGAGCAGCUUGUGUAGCUUCGACUCGUACUUUAUGGAAGACCAGACCGGGCCGAUCAUAAGCCCGAUACCGGUCACGAUAACGGCUCCGGAUGGAUCGUCGCUACUCGAAACGGAUAAGAAAAGGAGCGCGUCGCUGCCGGGCGUCGUCGGAGUUUGAGUACUUAAAAUUUGUGAUACUUCAGUCAGUUACCAUCUGCAAUGUGUCCAAAUCAGAAUAUCAUCCACUUAGCAUAGGAUUAGUUACUAUUUAGCUAUUAAGCGUCAUCGAAUUUUCCAUUACAGUACAGGGGCCACCUAUGCUCCUGAAACAGGGCGCAUUUUACGUACGAUUAGUAGUCUAGGAUAAUCUUCUUUUACAGACUGAAUUUUAAUUUAUUAUUUUUCAAGUGUGCUUUACUUUUUUAUCUUCGCUAUAUCAUUGCAUAGUGACUUAAGUACGUGCCUUACGUGAAAAUGGUCAAUAUUUAUUUUUUAAUGAGCUAAGUUACGAAUUUUUGUCUAGUAUCGGAAUGCAUUGUAUUUGCAGUUUUUUUUAUUAUAUACUGUUUUACCUAUA